CUUAUGGCGCUUCUUUCAAUUCAUUUUCAGAGUUUCGCCAUUUCCCUCCACUCAGAAAAAUCUCCUUUCGCUCCCUCUCGCUUUCUCCGUUCUGAUCGAGAGCGAUGACGACAAUGGAGCAGCGUAGAAACCAAAACACUGUUCAGCAACAAGACGAUGAAGAGACCCAGCACGGCCCUUUCCCCGUCGAACAGCUUCAGGCGGCAGGUAUAGCUUCUGUUGAUGUGAAGAAGCUUAGGGACGCUGGUCUCUGCACUGUCGAAGGUGUUGCAUAUACGCCAAGGAAAGAUCUCUUGCAGAUUAAAGGAAUAAGCGAUGCUAAAGUUGACAAAAUCGUUGAAGCAGCUUCAAAGCUGGUUCCUUUGGGAUUCACUAGUGCUAGCCAGCUCCAUGCUCAGAGACAGGAGAUCAUUCAGAUUACCUCUGGCUCCCGCGAACUAGACAAAGUUCUUGAAGGAGGAAUUGAAACCGGAUCCAUCACUGAGUUGUAUGGUGAGUUCCGCUCCGGGAAGACUCAGUUGUGCCAUACACUGUGUGUAACUUGUCAACUUCCUAUGGAUCAAGGGGGUGGAGAGGGAAAGGCGAUGUACAUUGAUGCCGAGGGAACAUUCAGGCCGCAAAGACUAUUGCAGAUAGCUGACAGGUUUGGACUAAAUGGAGCUGAUGUACUUGAAAACGUUGCCUAUGCGAGGGCUUAUAAUACUGAUCAUCAGUCGAGGCUUCUGCUUGAAGCAGCAUCAAUGAUGGUUGAAACAAGGUUUGCUCUUAUGAUUGUGGAUAGUGCUACCGCUCUCUACAGGACAGAUUUCUCUGGAAGGGGAGAGCUUUCGGCUCGACAAAUGCAUCUUGCAAAGUUCUUGAGAAGUCUACAGAAAUUAGCAGAUGAGUUUGGUGUGGCUGUUGUUAUAACGAACCAAGUAGUUGCGCAAGUAGAUGGUUCUGCUCUUUUUGCUGGUCCACAGUUUAAGCCGAUUGGUGGGAAUAUCAUGGCUCAUGCCACCACAACAAGGCUGGCAUUGAGGAAAGGGAGAGCAGAGGAGAGAAUCUGCAAAGUGAUAAGCUCGCCAUGCUUGCCUGAAGCAGAAGCUCGAUUUCAAAUAUCUACAGAAGGUGUAACAGAUUGCAAGGACUGAUUGUUUUGCCCUUGGUUCUCUACUCUUUUGGCAAUCCUCUUCACUUGUAGUAAUGUCAAGAAACCUUUUUUUUAUCAUUUUUCUCUCGUCACUGUGGAUUAAAAAGAGAUUGCGUAAGCAUAAAAAGUAGUGAUGAGGGAGUAAAAAAUAGAUUUUGUAAGUAGGUAAUCACGGUAAUGAAAUUUGCUACCUGUUGUUGUACCCAGCCUCGUGCAUAUGGAAUCACAAGUAUAGGUUUGUGACU